ACAAUUAAAGAUGUUUUAAUAAAAGGAUGAUAACUUAUAAUACUCUCAACAUUGGUUAAAUAUUUAAACUUACGGCCAACUUUAUAUGUAUUAUGCCUCUUGUAUUGAAGUUUGAUCGAACUUUCCUUCCAAUGGUAAUGGUGAUGAGCACCAUUGCGCGCGGAAGCCCUCUUUACCGCCUUACUGAGAGCUGUUGUGAUGACUGGGUGAAGACCAUGGGUAUCACUCAUACAUCAUGCUCAAUAAACCUUUUCAAGAUAUAAGUUUUCAUGGGCGCCAAUGGAUUAUUGUAUAUAUAUACCUACCUCCACAACUCAUAAGGGCAGACUUUCCGGAAUUCCAAAGAGUCCUUGUUCCACGUCGAAGACGUUGGCUGCGGCGCCUAUGGCUGGGGGUACAGCUUCCAUUAGAUCGUCCAUAUCGCCACUCGGGCCCAGGCGUAGAACGCGCCAACGGAACCGACGAACAAAGCAAAAUCUUCACAACUGCAAUAUGGGAGCUUUUCAUGAUACUUAAGGAAUGGGAAAGCAAGGAUCAGACACCAUUCGGCCAAACGUCAUUCACUCUUAUCCUCAGUGCAUGGGUCUCACCAUUUGAUAUUCAAUUCUUGCGUUCAAAUUGCAAUCUAUUGGAUCCCUAUUUGGAACAUAACCACCGGGACGCCAUACAUAAUUGCAAUCAUUGCAGUCCUUUGCAAUGCCGGUGUUACGAAUCGCCGGACAUGUCCACGAUGUACCCAAGCCUCCAGAUGUUUGGUAUAGGCCCCCUCAAGAUUGACUUGAGUCAAAUCAACACAGACCCAUCCUUUCGUUUACCGAAGUUGAACUCCGUCACCGGUUUUACUAUCCCAAGGGAAUUCUACGGAUCGAUUCUCACCGUUAGGCCCAUCGUGCAAAGCUUUCCGAACUUACAACAUAUUAGCCUCGAACAAUGGCGCCGGCCGGAAAGAUAUCACGGCGAUGAAUAUGCUGUUCUUCGCCAAGUCGUAAAAGCUUUACCACCCAGACUUCAAAGUUUCUCGGCUAUUCUAGAUGCAGAUGUGAUGCUAGCGGCAGCUUAUGGUUCGCAGAGAAGACUCGGCGAGGGUGACGUUGCUUUCGCACAUAAGUUACGGAAAGCAAGCUACCAAUUUCGCAACAUCGACGUCUUCUUUUUCAUGGACGCCAAAUAUUUCUUUGCUACUUUCAUGUCGGGCUCCUCAGGAGAAGAGGAUUGGCCGAAUCUAGAAAGCUUCUCCAUGACUUCCAAUCUGCUCAGCUCGCGCUCGCGCGACAGCUACAGCGACUUGCUCCAGGGUGCCGCAAAAGCUGCCUUGCGCAUGCCUAAACUUCGCAUGCUCCAAAUCUGGUUUGGAUACGACGAUGAGCUUUGCAUCUUUUGCUACACAAAAGACCAGGAAGGCCCGCUUAUUGAAUGGAAGCGUACAAGAACUGCGCCUAAAGGCCCAGGUGAGGAGGUCGUAGAGGCUUGGCAGUCGGUUGCGAACAAGACUCGGAAUCAUUCCAUACGCAUCAAACAAGUCAGUAUAACACAUACCAAGGCCCAACACUUGAGGUCCGUUCACCCUGUCAUCUGGGAGCCCGACGGGCUCACACUUUAACCAUUUGCUUUGUAACUGGAGUGGGAGAGUAUACGCUAUACCAGUAUCAUGAUGCGAGCUUAGUAGAUAUGAUUGAUGGCAACAACGUUAUUGC